GUAAUUUGUUUCAGUUGUCAAAAACAUUGGGUAGUGUGCAAAAACUUGCCAUGAAAUUCUUUGUACUGCUGGGAGCGGUGCUGCUCCUGGCUGCUGGCGCAGCAUUGGCAGACAACUCGAACGAAACGUCCAGCGUAGAGUCGGAGGAAGUUAUUUGUCCUGCAGAACCCUGCAAAGGGCAGUACGAGGAGUGGCGGUGCUGCGGCAAAUGCCAGGAAGUGUGCUUUGAAAAGCAGCGCAAGUGCACCACGAAAUGUACCAAGGGAUGCUACUGUCUGCAGGGAUUCGUCCGCCAGUACGCGAAUGGCAAAUGUAUACCGAAGAAGCUGUGCCAUCACUACUGGAGCAGAGCUUUUAGCAGCGGCGGUAAAAGAUGAAAAGGAAGUCCAUGCU